AUGACGAUGCUCAGUGGGACGAACUCGCCGACGUCGCCGUACAUCAGGUCCGUGCACCCAGGUGCCGUACUGCUCUCUCCGCAGUCAUCUGCAAUCAACAACAGCAACGGAAACGCGGUGGGACCCGCGGUCGCCGGGGUCCCCGGCGGUGUUGUGGGGACAAGAAGCCCGACGAUGGGCGUUCACAGCAUGUCGCUCAAUGAUAUCCUCGACCAGUCGCAGUUCCACUUGGACUCCUCGCAGCCGUCGACUGUGUCUCUACAGAGCAACUUUGAGCAGCAUAUGCCCCUGCACCAGCCUCUCCCGAGGGGCGACAGGCAUCAUCUCGCGAGGGUGGCCUCUCCUUUGCAACUUAGUGCAACGAGUACGGCAAGUGGGACCAGUGGCACGAGCGUUUACUCGCAGAUCGCUAGACAUAUGCCCACUGCGUCCACAGCUGACGCGGACGGCACGCCUGCGGAGGAGAUACAGCGCAUGGCCCUCUGGAUCAGACAGAUGUCCCCCGGAGUCCAACUAAAGGCAAUGGACGCCAUCACAGACAACUUGCACCCGGAGGUGCUCGCCACAGUGCAGAUGAAGAUGCAUGGGGAACCGGCUCCCAUACCCUCUGCGCCACGCCAAGAACAGACAAGAAACCUGGAUUCGCUCGUGUCCGGUGGACCAGCGGCGAAGGCCAUGGAGAGAGCACAGUGGUCUCCAGAACUACACGCUCGCCCACAGCCACCGCAGCACCAACACCAGCACUCUCUCAGCGAAAGACGCUUCCAGUGGUCACCGGAACCCGUCCAGAACAACAGCGGCAGACAUACGCACACCGCGGACCACAGACCACAAUGGUCGCCGGAACCGCAGACCAGGUAUUCGCAUCAACCAAUAUUCAGUUACACAACACAGGGCAACAGCGGGAACAACCUGGCAGCAACGCUCACAGCGUCACCGCAAGCACAACCACCAAGGAGACCAAAUUCGGCAGGCCCAAAUUUAUCCAAUAACCAGACAAAGCUUCAAAGCAGCCCGCCUCCGACCGUGCGACCAUACGUCACAAGCCUACAGCAAGACAGGGCUACCGCAGACGCGGUCACGGAGGCCCCCGUCGCGGUCCCGGCCCCGGUCCCGGCCGCCGCUCCAGCAGUCCUUGCCGCGUCACCAAUGACCACACACCUGUCUCCUACGGACCUUGGGUCCUUGGUGGGCCCGGGGAACAACCAGUCCAUGCUACCAGAGAACCUGACAGACCCCAAACUGCUGACCAACAUCCCAGCUUGGCUCAAAACUCUGCGGUUGCACAAGUACUCAGAUAUUCUCGCUGGGGUCCCCUGGGAGGAACUUGUGUAUCUGGACGAUACAGCUCUCGAGAAGAAAGGUGUCGCCGCGCUGGGGGCUCGCCGCAAACUGCUAAAGGCGUUCAACGUCGUCAGGGAGUACAAGGAGAGGGGACUCAUCGACAACAGCGCCUUUGCACAGAAUGAAACUUUGAGUUAA